GCUCGGGAGGGCGCCGACGUUUUAUCGUAGAGCGCCUCGCCGUCCAGCAACAUCUCGAUUCGCACCAUCUCCUGAUCUUCCAGACUAGCUCGAAAAUGAAAGUAGCCAUCUGUUUGCUCGCCCUCGUUGCGGUGGCCGUGGCCGCCCCCCAGGAACGGGACGGGGCCGCCCUCACGAACGAGGCCAUCCGACAGGCCCAGUCGCAGCAGCUGAUCCCGCGCGAUGCCACCAUCCAGGGCGUCCAGGAGGGCAUCCAGGUGGCGGCCAUCGAGUCCAUCCCCGGUGAUCAGCGCGUCGACCUGUUCCAGCUGCUCGGCGACCAGGUCCCGCGGGAGGUCAUCACGAACCUGCAGUCCCAGGUCGACCAGGUUGGACACGCUUAAGAAGAGGGCGGAGUGUCCAUUUUAGACCUAGCACGAAACGAAUCUCUGGACGUCGAUUUUUGGACACCGAACUGGACAACACCACACGGAGGCAUUAGGACAGUAUUUUUGUUAGUAUGAUAGCGAUAGAAGAGGUGUAGCUCGCUCGACAAGUCGUACCAGAGUAUGAUUUUUGUUUCUCUCUUUUUUUAAACUAUGUUUUGUAAAGUUACCCCCCAGCGGUUAGAGUUGACGAAAGAAAAA